AUGACGCAAAAAGAAUUAUAUAUCCGUAUCAUCGAAUUAGUACUGCCACAAGCGUGUCAACAUAUCUCUCACGAACUCGCAAUUGGUUUCAAAGACGAAACUGAGCUAAAAAUUCAAGUUCAAAAUAAUCAACAUGUUUCUAUCCCAGAGCAUUUCAAAAUCCCCGUAAAUAAUCCAAUCGGGACAGUUCUCUUCAAAAUUAUCGGGAAUGGAGAGCUCAAAUCUUACGCUAAGAUGAACAUUCAGAUUCUCCCAUUGAAUGCUGUUAGUCGUUUGAACUUAAAAAUGAAGCCUCAAGAUGAGAUCCACAAAGACAUUGAUGUUGUCAUUGAAGCUCACCUUGCUGACGCUGAAGUUAGCCCAUUCUUCGGCCCAAUUAGUCCAAAAUUGCAGUCCCAAUCGAUCCAAAUUAAAUACAAGAACGGCAAGACAACAAUAAGGGAACAAAAGAUCAAGAUUAAUUCACCAAAAACUAUUCGUCCUUGUUCUAGUUCUCCAGAUGUCAAGAGGAAAAAGAAUGUUGAUCAGCCUCUUACCCCACCGUUCCCCCGCGGAUCAUUCUCUUCGAACACGGUGUAA